CCUGCUUGAGAUGAAAGCAUGGAUGAGCUAUACCUGGUCUACUUGACACAUACCGCCUUUAAAAGAGGACCUACAGUUCUUAACGCUGACAUUUUUGUUCUGAUUUUUGGUGAAUUUUCUCUUAAGGGUGUUGGAAAGCAGAUUUCAGUAAAGUUAGUCAUUAUUCAUUUGUUAUUGCAUUUUUGGGGGCCUAAAAACAUACAUUGGAUGGAAAUAAAGUUGUUAGAAUCAACAAAAAUGGAGGCAAUGUCUAUUGCAGAGAAAAGUAACAAUAUGUAUUGUUUGUUACGUAUGCAUUGGCCCUAAUUUCACCUUUAUUGGACGUGAGUAUAUGCAUGAAGUGAACGUGAACUUCUGACUUGGUGAAAGAUAAACAUUGCCAUGUUUUCAUGAAUUGUAGGUAUAAGCUGCAAUUGGGUGGCGACCAGCUCAGGGUAUGAACCGGCUCUCGCCUGGAGUAAGGGUGGAUAGGCACCAUAUGCAGCACGCCCCGGAUGAAAAAUGAAUGUAUGAAUGUAGGUAUGCGUAUAUAUGUUUAGACGAGCUCUACUUUUCCAGGACAUGUGACAUGUUUGAGGGAGUAAUUUUGGAAUCUCAAUCAAAAACAAGAUAAAAACAGAAAUUGUCAAUAAAAAAGGUUGAGGUGUUGUGUUGUAUAUUUUUUUUAUUCAAGAAAGCAAUGAUAUAUAAUAAUGAUAUUAUAUCGUAACGUUUGUCACCACAAUAGAACUAAUGUGUCUCGAUAACCUCAUAAAUGUAGGGCAGUAAAAUAUUACCUGGUUUAAAGAAUAAAAAAAAGAUUCGUAAUUCAAUACGUAUGUCCGUGAUUGAUGAGAGGAGCUAAAUAUUUUUGAUAGUGGAAAAUAUUUUUGAUCCUGGAAAAAAAUGCAAAGGAGCGAAUGGUGUCAUUUGACAAGCCAGAUCUUGAUUGGCUCUUCUGUCAGGAUGGGGCGUGGUUUAAUGCAAACCAGGAAGUAGCAGCUCCCAGUACAAUAACAAAAGUUCCAAAGAACGCUUACUGGGAAAUAAACUUGUGAGAAUCAAGUGAGCAAGCACGGAUAAGACUUGUGUGUCCGUGCAAAUAAAAAAAAUGACAUUUUAAAAUGUCUGUCAUGGUGGCAAAAAGAUAAUUUGACCCUCGUUUUAAAUGGAUGAGUCGUGCGCAUAAAAUGAACGCCUCCAUCUCCUGUGAUGUAAAGUAAACAAUGGCAUGAUUGUGUGACUAGUAUCUACAUUACAUGUGGACGUCCACUUUAAAUUAUCUGUUUGCAUUUAUGCGUGAUCUAUCGGGCCAUUGUGUGCGCGGAUGGGAGGGAGAGAGCGAGGAAGGGAGAGGGAGGGCGAAGCAAAGCCAAUAAGGGCCUAUUGGCUGGCUACUGCUCGGUACACACAGUACGAUUAUUUUUAUUUAUGGCAAGCGAGGAGCUGGCGUUUGCGUCGUAGGUCCAAUCCGUGGCGUCCAAACCCGGGGAGGACGGUAGCAUGAUAGCCGUGGAUGGGAAUCGGCAGGAAGAGCGUCCCCGUCUGCUGCAUUCCAACUGCGCCCGCGCCCGAAGCCACCGCCGAGUAGGCAAGCGGUGGCGUCCAACAUGGGGAAAGAGGUAAACGGCGUCUCGCGGAGCCGCUUUGAGAUGUUCACGAACAGCGACGAGGCCGUCAUCAACAAGAAGCUACCCAAGGAGCUGUUGCUACGAAUCUUCUCCUUCCUGGACGUGGUGACGCUGUGUCGCUGUGCCCAGGUCUCACGGUCCUGGAAUGUUCUGGCUCUGGAUGGGAGCAACUGGCAGCGGAUCGACCUCUUUGACUUUCAGCGGGACAUCGAGGGCCGAGUGGUAGAGAACAUCUCAAAGCGAUGCGGAGGGUUCUUGAGGAAGCUGAGCCUGCGGGGUUGCCUCGGCGUGGGCGACAGCGCCCUGAGGACCUUCUCCCAGAACUGCAGGAACAUCGAGCUGCUCAGUUUGAACGGCUGCACCAAGAUCACUGACAGCACAUGUAACAGCCUUAGCAAGUUCUGCCCAAAGCUGAAGCACCUGGACCUCGCGUCGUGUACCUCAAUCACCAACUUGUCGCUCAAAGCCCUCAGCGAGGGCUGUCCCCUGCUGGAGCAGCUCAACAUCUCGUGGUGCGAUCAGGUCACCAAGGACGGCAUCCAGGCACUGGUCCGAUGCUGUCCGGGACUCAGGGGGCUUUUCCUAAAAGGCUGCACACAGCUCGAAGAUGAGGCACUGAAGCAUAUUGGCGCCAACUGUCCUGAGCUGGUCACGCUCAACUUGCAAACGUGCUCGCAGAUCACAGACGACGGCCUCAUCACCAUUUGUCGAGGCUGCCACCGUCUUCAGUCUCUUUGCGUGUCAGGCUGCGGCAACAUCACGGACGCCAUCUUGCACGCACUCGGGCAGAACUGCCCCCGCCUCAGAAUAUUAGAAGUGGCCCGCUGCUCUCAACUUACUGACGUGGGUUUCACGACAUUAGCAAGGAAUUGUCACGAGCUUGAAAAAAUGGAUUUAGAAGAAUGUGUGCAAAUUACAGACGGAACUCUCAUACAGCUUUCGAUCUACUGCCCCCGGUUACAAGUUCUGAGUCUAUCCCACUGCGAGCUCAUCACCGACGACGGCAUCCGCCACCUCGGGAGCGGGCCGUGCGCCCACGACCGGCUGGAGGUGAUCGAGCUGGACAACUGCCCGCUGAUCACGGACGCUUCGCUGGAGCAUCUGAAGAGCUGCCACAGUUUGGAUCGCAUCGAGCUCUACGACUGCCAACAGAUCACCCGCGCCGGCAUCAAGAGGUUAAGGACCCACCUGCCUAACAUCAAAGUGCACGCAUACUUUGCCCCCGUAACUCCUCCGCCUUCGGUGGGCGGCAGCCGCCAGAGGUUUUGCCGCUGCUGCGUCCUGCUAUGAUGCAAAAGACAUCGACCUCGUUCUUCGCCCCCCCUCCUCCUCCCUCCCGCCGCCCCCGUGUCCCGAAGUCUCUCCUAUACAAGCUUCCUUCGCAGUUCCCCGCCCCUCACCUGGUCAAGCAGUACAUUCUUGCUGUGUCCCCCUUCCGAAGAUGCAGAGAGACCAAAAACAGUGCAGGGUAACGCACACUCCACACUCUUCAGUUUUUUUUUUUUUUUUUUUUUUUUUACACAAAUAUUGUGAGUGGCAGCACGGUGGACUACUUUAUUCCACGUUGGCCUCGCAGUUCUGAGGUAUAGGGUUGGAAUCCCAUCUCCAUUGGAGUUUGCAUGUUCUCCUUGUGCUCGCAAAGGUGUUCUUGGGUACACCAGCGUCCGCCCACAUUCCAAAAACAUGCAUUUUAGGUUCAUUGAAGACUCUUAAAUUGCCCUUAGAUAUGAAUGUGAGUGUCAAUACUUGUCUAAAACUUGUCUUGACUAAAGUGGGCUAACUCCAUUUCUGUCAAUCUAAGUGCAGAUUUGAAUUGAUAAAAAGGGGAUGAAUUCUUAUCGAAAUGGUUUAAUUCCAGUUUUGACCUGUAGGGGGAACUCCGUUAUUGUAGUUGCCGGUGUCAAACUUGAGGGCCGAGGGCCAGAUUUGGCCCACUACAUGAUUUUUUUUAUUUUUUUGUGGCCCGGAAAGGGAAUUCAUAUAUGUCAACUUCAUUGAUUCUUGUUACAAAUCUGAACAAAAAUUUCAUGUUGUCAUAUCCUAAAGCAGAGGUGUCAAACUCAUAUUUUGUCACGGGCCACAUUGUACUUACGAUUUCCCUCAGAGGGCCAUUAUUGUGAAAUCCAUAGAAGUCCUAAAUUGCCUCAUCAUAUUCACACAUGAAAUUUAUGAACUACUUUUGGAAUCAGAAAUCAAGCGUGAUGGGGUUUUUCAACCAUUGUUUAUGUUUGGUAACACAAAAAAUGCUGAUAAUAUCUCAAUAUUAUCAUUUAUGAUAUAUGAAAAUGUAAAAUGUUGGGGCAUAUAUUCACAAGAAUCCUGGAUUUUGACAGAGGAUUUGCCUUUGCGGGCAUCUUAAAAUCAUGUGGUGGGCCAGAUCUGACCCCCAGGCCUUGAGUUUGACACCCGUGUCCUAAAUGAUAAUUGUGAGAUAUUGCAAGCAUUUUUGUGUUACAAAAUGUCAACAAUAUUAGAAAAACCCAUUACCCUUGAUUUCUGAUUCCAAAACUGGUUCAUCAAUUCCAUACGUAAAUACAAUGAGGCGAUAAAACAUUUUUUAUGGUUUUAUUUGAAUUCUCUCUUGAGCCUAAUGUUAGAGCAUGGUGGAAAAGUGUUGGCCUCACAGUUCUGAGGUCCCGGGUUCAAUCCCGGACCCGCCUGUGCAGAGUUUGCAUGUUCUCCCCCGUGCCUGCGUGGGUUCUCUCCGGGCAUUCCGGUUUCCUCCCACAUCCCCAAAACAUGCAACAUUAAUUGGACACUAAAUUGUCCCUAGGUGUGAUUGGGAGUGUGCCUGUUUGUCUCCAUGUGCCCUGUGAUUGGCUGGCGACCAGUUCAGGGUGUACCCUGCCUCCUGCCCGUUGACAGCUGGGAUAGGCUCCGGCAUUCCCCACGACCCUUGUGAGGAUAAGCGGCGAAGAAAAUGGAUGGUUUCAGUCAUAACAGCGCUCUUCGGGAAACUUUAACUACAAUGUGGCCCGCGACAAAAAUGAGUUUGAGACCCGAAGAGUCAGUCAUUAGUGCUCUUAGCUCAGGUAGCAGACGAUAUUCAUAUUAGUACAUUAAAAGUUAGUCUUCAUCGUUCAGGAACCAUCGAUCGAUUUGAUAGCUAUUCGGAGUAAACAAAACUUUGCGGUAGUGUCUUAAGAUGGAGUACCGUAUUUUUCGCACUUUAAGACGCACCGCAUUAUAAGGUGCACCUCCAAUGUCAUAUUUAAAAAAAAAAAAAAAAUUCCCAUAUAUAAGGCGCACCGGAUUAGAAGGCGCAUGAAAUAGACGCUACAGUAGAGGCUGUUAUGCAUCCGUUAGAUGGAGCUGCACUAAAUGCUCAAUAUUGCUCCAUAUAUAAGGCGCACCCGAUUAUAAGGCGCAUCGUCAGCUUUUGAGAAAAUGAAAGGCUUUUAAGUGCGCCUUAUAGUAAUUCAUUUCAUAUCACUUGCAAGGAAAAAAUUCACCAGAUUUUAUUACAACCGGCCAUGGAACUUUAAAUCUCGGUCCUUAGCUAACAGACAAAAAUGGAGUUAGCCCACUCUGUCCAAUCCUCAGUGGUUUAAAGCCCGCACCGUAAUUGGUUAACAAUAAAACGCAGGGUGUACCUCGACUCUCGCUCAAAAAACAGCUCGGAUCGGCUCCAGCAGAUAAACGACAUCGGGAUGGUUGAAUGGAUUCACGUUACGACUCAUUUGAACUGGAGAAAAAGGUCACAACUACUCCACUGGCAUCACAAUACCUUUUUGAUUUUCUCACAAGAUCCGAUCAUAGUAAUUACCAUCAGAAUGUACAUUUCUGAUUCCCCCCCCCCCCUCCCGGAUGAGCUUUCAAAACGAAAAACAUACGCCCACGCUGUCCUUACAUGAGGUCGAAGUAGGCUUCGCUUGAAUGUAUACUAUGGAUUUAAAAAAAAAAAAAAAAAAAAAAAAAGCAAUGCAAAGGACAUUUCAAAACAAUCUCGUUGUGGAUGAUUUCAUGUCACAUCCUGUACUGUUUGGGGGGAAAAAGUCCCAGUCAGCGCCUAGUCCCCCCCACCCCCUCUCCCCCUUCAAAAAAAAAAAAAAAAAAUGACACAACCGGUGAACGGCAGCAAAAAAAUGUAUUUAAAGAAGAAGAUGAAGAAAACACAGCAAGCUGUCUGAUUUUUUUUUUUUUUUUUGCACCUUAUCGAAACAACAUCCAGACUGUUUACAAAGAAGAACGUUUCAAAACAUAUUUGGUUUGUACUAACAAAUGUGCCCCACUCGCCGGACACAACUCCCCCCCCCGGCCCCACCCCCCCUCUUCGUCUCUCUUGUCCGUGUGCUUCAUUCGCGAGGGGCGGAAAGCAAAGACUAUUUUUCUAAAAAAUGAAAAGCGGCACACAUUUGGGGACUGCAGAAGAUGCCAAAUGUUGCAUGUGAGACCUAUUUUUCUUUCUUAAAAAAAAUGUAAAUAAGUGAAGACUGCGGGAGUCUUGGGUCGUCGGACGAACCAAUUUAAAAAAAAAAAAAAUGAUGACGACGACAGGAUGGAAAAAAAAAAUAUGAUUCGA